AUGAUCAGUCUGCGCUGGACGCAGAUUGGCGUUGCAGAGGCACAGGCGAUUGCCGAAGCACUCAAAGAGAACACGACGCUGACUUGGCUCGAGCUGCAACUGAAUCGGAUUGACCUCGCUGGAGCGCGGGCGAUUGCCGAAGCACUCAAAGUGAACACGACAGUCACUCGGCUCUAUUUGAAUUCGAGUCUGACCGGCGAUGCUGGAGUGCAGGCGAUUGCUGAGGCGCUCAGAGUGAACAAGACGCUGUCUUGUCUCAAUCUGGAUUUCAAUCAGAUUGGCGACGGCGGAGCCUGGGCGAUUGCUGAAGCACUCAAAGUGAACACAGCGCUGACUGCGCUCUUACUGGAGUUCAAUCAGAUCGGCGAUGCUGGAGCGUGCGCGAUUGCUGCGGCACUCAAGGCGAACAAGACGGUGACGCUACUCGAUCUGACGUCUAAUUGCAUUGGCAAUCUUGGUUCUCAAGCGAUCGAUGCGGCACGCAAACGCAACUGCGGUUGUGAGGUUCCCCUCCGCGAUCAGAUCAACCCUCUUGCAUUCUCCUUACUUCCACGAUUGGCGAGUGCUGGAGACAGUCACACCGUGUUUGGCAUGCUGACCAGCGGGUUGGAGCUGGAGAAUCAGCCCGCAUGUUUACCUUUACUACCAACCGAGAUUGCCGAGCUCAUUAUGGACAAGGCGCAUUACUGGCAAGGCGUGCAGAAUACCAAUCGAUUGUGGACUGACGAGAGACCCAGUUCUCUCAAAGUCAGACUGCCUCAAGGAGAUUUAAUCCGUGUGAAAGCAAUUCAAGUUCUUCGUGACUGGAAGCGUCCCAAUAACAUCGGUGACUGUGCUUUCGAUUUGACUGUCCGAGAUGAAAAAGGUGCUGUUCAGUACGAAUGUGCUGUGCACCCGACUUUCGUCAAUUGGAACCUUGCACUUGCGACAAUCUGGCCAGCGAGUCAUCCCAUCGUCCGACAAAUGCGCGAGGGUUGGCAAGUUCAAGUUCAACCCAGCACGUUUGCCCACGAGUUGCUAUUUGAAUCGCUUUAUGUCGGAUACGUCGACCGACAGUGA